AUGGGAAUACAUAACCUCACACGUGUGGAAGAUUUCUGGAGCUCCGAUGACCGACUAAGAGUAGAGGGUGUUGCCAAAAUCAUGCCUAUUCAACGUUGGCGUAAGUUGAACCAGUAUAUUCAUCUUACAAAUAACCGUGACCAGCCUGAUCCUACUGACCCUAAUCACGACAGGUUAUUCAAAGUCCGGCCACUUGUAGACAUGUGUAACAGAAAUUUCACGAGUGACAUUUACCGUCCAAGUCGUAAUCUGUCUGUUGAUGAAGCAAUGAUUGGUUUCAAAGGCGGGUCAUUGCUGAAACAGUACAUACCAAACAAGCCGACAAAAUGGGGAUUGAAAUCGUGGAUGUUAGCAGACUCUCACACAGGUUUCUGUGUACAAGCCGACAUAUACACUGGCGCGAAAGGUGGUCAAGGUUCGACUGAAGGUUUAGGGUACAAGGUUGUUAUGGGUAUGGCUCGGCAUGUGCAAGGAAAGCAUCACCAUCUAUUCUUUGACAAUUAUUUCACCUCGCCGAAACUGUUGAUAGACCUUGUCCCCAUGCAGAUCUAUUCUACAGGGACGGUGAGGCCAAACAGGAAGGGACUACCACUAAAUUUUUCUGAUAAAGAUAAAAAGGCUGAUAGGGGAAAGAGCGCUUUCUGGCAGAAAGGUGACAUUGUAGCAGUGAAGUGGAAAGAUAACAAUUUUGUUCAUCUAAUUUCAACUAGCUGUGAUGACACGAUGCGACAGGCCUCAAGGAGGGUAGGCGGCCAGCUUGUGAACAUCCCUUGUCCGGACAUGGUGAAGACCUACAACAAAUACAUGGGUGGCGUCGAUCUCAACGACCAGUUACGUUCAUACCAUCCAGUUGGACGCAAAGCCAAGAAGUAUUGGAAGUAUAUUCUUUGGUUUUAUGUGGAUUUGUGUCUUAUCAAUUCAUGGAUCCUAUAUAAGCUUGCCGUGACCGACAAACCAAAGAAGACAUAUUCCCAACAAGACUUCAGGCUGGAUGUGUGUGAUGGACUUGUUGCAGGGUUCACGUCACGUAAAAGGAGGCUUAGCCAAGUCCGUGUACUGUCAGCCAUUGUCAAUCAGGAAAACGUAGGUGGACAUGUUCUUGUCAAAUUUCAAGGUCGGAAGCGCGUGUGUGUUAUGUGUUCAAGGAAGAAACGUAAAACAGACAGCGGUCGCCCAGUGGAGUCUACAUUCGGAUGUCAGCAGUGUUCGGUGAAUCUGUGUAAAGAUGGAUGCCACGCGGAAUUCCAUGCAAUAAGCGAAUAA